AUGGCAUCCAAAAAACACCGCAACACCGCGGGGCAAGCUCCUACCUCUGAAACACCGGCAGCCAAAACCUCCCUGCGGCGCUUUUUCAGCGAACACACAGAAGCACACAGACGGGACAAAAUGGCGCCCGCGGCACAAACGCGAGGCAGCCAGCCCCCGAGCCCGGCGGCAUCAGACGAGCCCACAGAGGAACAAGAUAUUCGGUCCUUGUUGACCCAACUACCCUCCAAGACCGACCUGGCAGCUUUAUUCCAGAAACUGGAGGAUAGCUUCAGUGAGAAACUUCAGGCUGUUACUGCAGACGUGCAUCUGCUAGGGGAUAGAGUCCAGGCUCUGGAAGAAGAGGCAGAAACUACUGAGAAACAAUGGGCUAAGUCCUAUACUACCCAGGAGACACACGCAGAGGCAAUCAGGUACCUGCAGAGACAGCUAGAAGAUGUAGAUAACCGGGGACGCAGAAAUAAUCUGAGAGUGAGAGGUGUCCCUGAGAGUGCAGAAGGUGUCCCAGAAAACCCCGUGCAGGUCCUGACAGCCCUCUUCAACCGCAUUUUAACCAGACCACUGGACACUGCCAUUUUAUUUGAUAGAGCCCACAGAGCGGCCAGACCUAGGAACUUGCCUCCAGAUAAACCACGGGACAUUAUUUGUCGCAUACAUAACUUCCCCCUAAAGGAAGAAAUCUUCCACAAAGCACGACAGAACAAGGAUAUCAAGAUCGACGGGCACCCGGUGAUCGUCUUCCAGGACAUAGCGCCGUCCACGCUGCAAGCUAGGCGUGCACUACGACCUAUCACACAGGCCCUGUCCGAGAGAAAUAUCAAAUUCAGAUGGAGCUUCCCGUUCGCUCUCACAGUUACGCUCCAAAACAAAACGCACACUAUAAACUCACCAGACGACAUACCCGAAUUCAAAAGAGCCUUGAAACUACCGUCGUCCGAGGUGGAGGAUUGGACGGGCCUGAGAGGCACAUCAGCGGGACGGACUCCGCAUAAACCUAAGUGGCAAAAGUCCCCUCGAAAACGUCGUAGACAGAACCAUCCUGGAGCAGACGCAGCACCGACAUGA